AUGGCCGAUCUUCAAUCAGCAUCCCGAGGGAAACUGAAGCCCUACAAACUGAGGACAGCCUGUGAUGCUUGCCACAUGACAAAAGUUAAAUGUUCUGGAGAAAAGCCAACCUGCGCUCGGUGCGCACAUAGCGGUGCAACAUGCUCCUACAGCAUAUCCAUGGUCGGAAAGGUCACUGGCCCGCGAAAACGAAAACACAGCGUUAGAAAAGCAGUAGAAGACGCCACGACACCCGAGCAAGCAUCUAGCAAUGCUGCAGAAUCUCCCAACGACAAUAACAACAACAUCCAAUCCCCUUUCAACACCCUUGACAACAACCUCUUCACCUAUUCAUCAGGCUUGACGCCAGCGCAUGCCUCUACUUCGAUACCUCGUGGUGCUGGAACCGACAUGUCCACCAGCAACUGCAGCCCGGACUCGGGCAACCUCUCCGGCCUAUCACCUCCCGGACUCUAUCCUUCUACUUCCCUCACCACCCCUUCAGACCCAGACUAUAGCGAUUUCACUCAGCAACUGAAACAAGGACUCUUUUUAACAGCCAGUAUGGGCCCAGACUCGAGCAGCAUACAAGGCAUAACACUUGACCCGUCUGAAGCGUGGGAACUUACACGACAAGCCUUGGGACCUCUUGGAGAGAGCGGCCCUCCAGGCUCAUCAAGCUCUGGCCGCUACGCUACAAGUGACAACACGGACGCCUCCGUGCUAACCGGCGCUACUGGUCAGCAACCCCUAUUAGACCAUGGCCGGCUAGUCGACUGCUUAAACACACUACAGCAGCUCUGGGACCGGCGCGGAACAGACUGUUCGCCACCUGACCAGAUCCUAGCGACAAACAGGGGCGCUAUUACAACGCUUACCGACAUCAUUGGAAGAUUCGGCUUCGGCUGCAAGUACCCGACGAGCCUCGUGCUGUGUCCGUUAAUCCUGCAACUAGUCGCAGAGCUAUACCAGCAUAUGCGUCACGAGGCAGCCCAAAGUAACGACAAGGCCGCCUCCGACAGCAUGUCAUUGAUGAUGGGGGAUGCAAGCUCGCGACCCAAGUUUGGCUAUGGCAACUUUGAGAUUGACCACGACUGUCAGGCAGUAUUGUUCAAUGCCAUCACACUAAAAGAGGUCGACAGGGCCCUGCGGUUAUGGGAGCGCAUGUGGCAGCUGCUCGAUAGCCAGCAGUCGGAACGCUGCCGCAACAAAUAUAUAAGUCAAGGCGUUAUGGUAGACUCGCGGAACAUAUUAUUAGAUAUAAGAAGCAAUAUGGAGAGCAUAUCGAGAGGGGACAUGCAAAAGGACCUCCGGGGGUUAGUGGUCGAACAAUGA